UGUGACGUAACUCAGGUGUUGGCCAACCUGAGGGUGCGCCCUUCGCUCAGUCAGGAAGAAAAGUGGCAGAGCUCAGGGGACGCGCGCAUUGCUGGUCGUCAGGCGGACAGAAGGGAGAGCUUUGAGUGGGGACGCUUUAGAGGAGCAUGGCUGGAGCAGGAGCAGGAGCAGGAGCAGGAGCUGGAGCUGGAGCCGCGCUGCGCAGUCUGUUUGCGCUGCUGGUUUGCGCCGUGCUCGCCUGCGCUGCGCAGAAAGCUGGAGGCGCCACCACCACGAGGCCACCAGGUAAACGAGGACGAGGUUUCAUUGGAAUUGAGGACUCUGGCACCGUCUAUAUUGACGAAGUCACCGCCAACACCUUGAAGAGCAGCUUGACCACCGUCUUCCUGCCUCUCGUCUACAUCUUCGUGUUUGCCGUUGGGUUGCCCACCAAUGGCAUGGCCAUAUGGGUCUUGGUCAUCAGGUCCAAGAAAAUCCACCCGGCAGCGAUUUACAUGGCUAAUCUGGCGCUGGCCGACCUGCUGUUCGUCAUCUGGAUCCCGCUGAAGAUCAUCUACCACUUCAACGGCAACAACUGGACCUUUGGAGAGGGGAUGUGCAAAGUUCUGGUGGGCUUCUUUUACGGGAACAUGUACUGUUCCGUCCUGUUCAUUGCGUGCUUGAGCGUCCAGAGGUACUGGGUGGUGGCUCAUCCUCUCACCCAGCAAAGGAUGGACAACAGACUGGCCAUCGUAGUGUCCUUGUUAAUCUGGGCCUUUAUUUGGAUCAGUAGCACGCCGCUGUACCUGUACAAGCAGACGGCCCAACUUGCUGACCCGAACAUCACCACCUGCCACGAUGUCAACGUCAUCAGCCGGAAGAACUUCCAGGCACAGGAAAUGUUUCAAGAUGUACAGAAUCCCUACUACUACUUCAUGGUGAUGGCGGGGUUGGCGUUCUUCGUGCCAUGCGUGGUCAUCAUAGUCGCCUACGUCUUGAUGCUCCGCAAACUGGGGGACUCCAACAUGGAGGGAAGUAGCGCUGGCAAGAACCGUCGCAGAGCCAUAAUCCUCAUCAUUACGGUUCUCAUCGCUUUCCUGGUGUGCUUCAUUCCCAGUAACCUGAUGUUGGUGAUACAUUACGCUCUGCUGGGCAAUGGAUUCUCCAACAACGGAUACGCCUUCUACGUCACCACGCUUUGUCUGGCCAGCCUCAACAGCUGCCUGGACCCGUUCAUCUACUACUACGUGUCGGAGGAGUUCCGGGAGCACGUGAAGAACACUCUCCUCUGCCGAAGCAGCCGGACUGUAGAGAGGAUGAGGGUUUCCUUCAGCUCCAUGAAGUAUUCCAAGAAGAGCAAAAUCUACACAUCCAGCAGUGGCCACACGGAUAGCAGCACAUGCUGAGUGCAGACCUAGCGCACCUGUAUGUGGCAGUGACACUUGAAAUAAGCUGGAGGGAGCAAAUGACUGACCGUGAUGCUCUGAGGUCCUACUGGGAAUAUUAACCCCUGCGCCGUCCUCUCAGGAAUCAAAAACACAGAUAGGUGGGGUCAAAGGAGUGGUGGAUGAACGCCUGUACUGGAAAUGAAAGUUAUGGACUAUUUCAGACUGAACCGAACUCUGUUCAGCCCUUAAACCUUAAAUCUGCAAAAGGCCAAUCUGAAAACGGUCAGCACUGUGGCGCACAAAUGACUGUCUGAGGCAUAGUGCACUGAAUUUCUGUUACAAUGCAAUGUAAAAUGUGAUCUUUCCAAAUUUCACCAUAAUUCAGUGGCUUGGAUGUAAACAGUCAUUCGGAGGGUUUGGAGUGAAACGGUUCAGACGUCUUUCCAGUGGUGGUGAUGGGAACCAGGCGUUGCCAUGACUACAACACAGAUAUAGACAUUUUAUUUACCAUCCAGAAC